UCUAAAUACACUGCUGUACGGCGCUAUUGAUUCUAGAGGGAGUUUGGAGUAAUAUCCAUUGUUCACUCGCUCGCUCACUAAAAUUGUCCACAACUCCUUAAGAAAUGCCCUUUAAGCUUGGACAGCUCAAUUCAUGAUUUUUUUCUUUUAAUUCCAGAAAGAAUGGAUGCUGUCUACAACAGAGAGAUGGAAUAUGUGAGGAUGGUUUAAAGAAGAAAUUGUCAAAUGUGUGGAAUGGUCUGCUUUCAUCAAUGAUAGUGACUUUGGAUGUCGUCUUAUAUAACAUGAUUAUUGACAUGACUACAAGUGGGAUUUGCAGAAAGCCGACGCAGAUUGCAUCGUCGUGACAAGGCAACCAAAGUGUUUUCUGGAAGUUCAAUUUUGCCCUUUCCAAUUUUCAUGACGUAUUUUUAAAAAGUUCAAAACAGUCUUCUUCUGAAUCAGGUGUGUCAGAAACUGGCAAUCACACUGUGCCCUUGUACUUGAGGAACAGUAGGAUGUGAUAUAACUAUUAUACAGAUAACAGAAGGAUUUGAUAUAACUAUUAUACAGAUAACAGAAGGAUGUGAUAUUAGUGUUGUAAUACUUGCUCAACAGAAGGGUGUGAUAAAACUUGUAAUACUUGAACAACAGGAUUUGAUAAUACUGUUGAAAUACUUGAACAACAGAAGGAUCUUAUAAUACUAUUGCAAUUCUUGAACAACAGAAGGAUCUUAUAAUACUAUUGCAAAACUUGAACAACAGAAGGAUCUUAUAAUACUAUUGCAAUACUUGAACAACAGAAGGAUCUGUUUGUACUGUUGUAAUACUUGAACUACAGAAGGAUCUGUUUGUACUGUUGUAAUACUUGAACUACAGAAGGAUCUGUUUGUACUGUUGUAAUACUUGAACUACAGAAGGAUCUGUUUGUACUGUUGUAAUACUUGAACUACAGAAGGAUCUUAUAAUACUAUUGCAAUACUUGAACAACAGAAGGAUCUGUUUGUACUGUUGUAAUACCUGAACUACAGAAGGAUCUGUUUGUACUGUUGUAAUACUUGAACUACAGAAGGAUAAUUGUUUUAUUCAGAGAAUCAACAAAUGAUUCCAGUCUCAGAGGACUUAUCAACAUCAGGAGCUUCCUUGUUUGUUAUCUGUGAAAAAAACACAUUUGUCUGAAACCAUUAUCAUGAGAGACACUCACAGAGGCAUGUCGGGAUUAUUAGCCUAACUACAUCAAGAAAUUGAUUACCUGCUUCGACAGCCCAUUGACGAGAACUGUCAAGUCACAUACGAGUCAAACAGGAGCUGGGUAGUGACUGGUUGCUACAUGAAAUUGUGAUUGGUUGAUUCAUGAAAUAACUGGAUUGUGAUUGGCUGAAUUCUGAUAUGCGUGUGGGAAGGUACAGAGUUAUCAUUCCUGGACACAGGUGGGUUUUCCCAGUCCAUGAAUCUCGGGGCCAAUGAAUCAGUAAAGACAAGCAUAUCCAUGGCUGACUUAAAGAGGGAGGACACAGAUGACACGAUGAUGCCAUCUGUCAUCUUUCAGGGAUGCUGGAAGCGUUUGAUCUGAAUGGUGACAAAACAAGAUAAAAACAUGAUCAACCAAUUUUCAAUGAAAUCAAUACCCUUACCUUGACAGCUGGGCAAGGAUACUCAUUCAGUUUUCUGUCGGGAAAAGUAACAAUGACGACAACGGAUACAGCUGUGAACAGUUCCUACGACAACUACACGUUGUAUAGAAUGGAAUUUCCAAAUUUCACCGAGGAUGAUUCCUUCAGUCGUAAGCUGCUUACCUACUAUCUGAUGGGUGUUGGCGGCAUGACGAUAAGCUGCCUUGGAAUCAUUGGCAAUAUCUUGUCCAUUGUUGUACUGACAACGAAGUCCAUGCGUUCAUCAACCUACAUGUAUUUAGCAGCCUUGGCGGCGUGUGACACGCUCGUGCUUAUUGUCACAAUGCUAAUGCUGAUUAAGGAUACCAAGCCCCCGCAGAAAUUCUCAGUGGAUUUGUUCGAGGAACCGUAUUAUGCCUUCAUAUUCCCCUACGUACACCCGAUUGCUGUAACCUUCCAGGUGACGUCUAUAUGGUUGACAUUAGCGUUUACAGUUGACCGAUAUAUCAUGAUAUGUCACCCCUUCCGGGCUGAAACAAUGUGUAGUCGGGGCAGAGCCCGUAAAGUCAUCGUGUCGUUGUUUGUUUCUGGAAUUGUUUUCAAUCUGCCACGGUUCUUUGAAUAUAACACCUUGGAGAUUACUUACGAAGAUAUGAACAAUCGGACAAUGGAGAUGUAUAUGAUAGAGCUGACAGAGAUGGGGAACAACGAGUAUUUCAAAGAAAUCGUUCACUCGUGGUUGUAUCUGAUAUGUGUUUGUGGCCUACCGUUCUUGACUCUCGCUGUUCUUAACUACUUUCUCAUACGAGCAGUGCACCUCUCGCGUAAAAAAGGCAAAGAGAUCAAUGUGCGUGAGAAGCGUAGGAAUGACACUACGAUAAUGUUGAUAGGAGUUGUGGUUGUGUUUCUAAUCUGCCAGGGCCCUGCUCUUGUCUCACGUAUGAUGUGGGCAUUUAGCUCUCUGGCUAAGCUUGAUUCCCAGUAUCACACACUAAGUGAGGUUGCCAACUUUCUUGUUAUCAUGAACUCAGCAAUCAAUAUUGUGCCGUAUUACUUUUUUGGUAAAAAGUUCCGCAAGGAAUUCUGGAGACUGUUCUGUUCGUGUGUAUUUAACAAAGAGGAACUUCGGAAAAUGACACGGAGUUUCAGCAUCUCUGUUGCCGAUGGCAACCGUAAACAUCAUGUUGUCGCUCAUGAAAUUAAUGGAAUGGAAAUGAAUGGACUGAAACACCUCCACCCUGCAAUGCUGGCGCCAAAGGACGGUGUAGCUGCCCCUUUAAUUGGUGAGCGAGAACGGUCAGUCUCUGACGUCUCAGACCUCAGUGGCUAUGAAUACAACCAAAAGAAAACAGGUCACUUUUACCCGAGCUCACAUCAACUUCAAGUCAAUGGUAAACAGUCUGGAUACCUCAUUGCCUCAACUGUGGGGAAUAAAUAACGAAGUGGUACCAGGACAAAUUGUACUUAAAUAUUUGAUCAAUAUUGCGUGGCUUAAAAACUGGAUUGAAUAUAGAUCUACUACUUAUUGAUUUUUAUGCUUGUCUGCCUAUAUGAUAUGGAGAUUAGCCUUUGAACAUGCAUCAUGCUGAUCAGUUCCUUGCUGACAUUGUUGUACACAUGGAAGUGCGACCUGCUUAUCUAAUAAGAAGCUAACAUGUUUAGUCCACAAGAAGAUAUAUGAUCACAAAAUAAUUAUUAGAUUUUCAUUUUCAAUUCUUAAAUGUGCAGUGGAAGGCAUUUCAUGUUUGUUAUUCAAUUUCAAGACAUCUCUGACUGUUAAAUGUCAGCAGAUAUUCUUCACUUUUGGGUGAAUGUUUGGAGGAUUCCCUCAAGUAAAGAAAGAAGGGCACAAAUAGUGAUAUAUUUGUCUGUAGGUUUUGGGCACUGUAAGAUGAUUUGAAGUGGAGUCCUUGGUGGUGAGAAAGGUAUUCUGUCAUAAUCUGGAAUAGUUUGUAAGCCUAGUCUGCUUCACAGUCCCUGAACCACAUUAUUUUCCCAACUGCCCAGCCCUUUCUACAAUGCUAAAUCCCUAGCAGGUUUCCUCAGGCUCUGAAUUUCUCUGGGGCUCUUUUUCAAUUUAAAUGGGUUAUAUGAUAGAUAUUCAGAGACUAAUCAUUUGUCUAUUGUAAGGCCAGCACUGUCAGUUUAUUGUUUUAAAAUGAGCUGACUAUUUAGGUUUGAAUUUGGAAAGAAAUGCUAAAAUAUAUGUUAUGUUGAAUUUGAAAUGUUUUUAGAAAUUUUAUUUCAUUUAUUAUUAGGAAAGUAACCUUAAAUCAACCUAAAUGUAAAUGUAUUUGAUAAUAUUUAAAAAUGAUUUCCAUAUUGCCUUAUUGGCCAAGGGCCAAAACGAUCUUUGAAAAGGGGAAUCAGUUGUGGUUCUGAGAUUCUAUUCUUCUAUUUUCUUACUUUUCCAAUUUAAAGAGUACCGGUAUGUGCUUCAGUGUGUUGUGUGUGGGGAUGACUUAAUAGUUGAUUGUUCGUGGAAAACAGUGAGCUCGUGGAGUGAUAGUUUUCAUGUAUUGAUCUGUAAUCAAACAAUCACUGACUUCAUCUUUUGGAUGCACACGAUGAAAUGGAACUCUUAAUUAUACUGUCCUAUUAUGAAGUCCCACAAUCACAUUUAACGAGAAGUAAACAGAAAAAUGUUUUAUGUCUUUGGUUUUGACUAAGCCUUGCUCCAAGGCUGUACUGAAUGCUAAGCCCUUGGAUGUACAGUAAUACUAUCCUUGGAAGAGGCAAGUCUAGAUAAGCGGACAGUACAGGACCUGGUCUGUUAUUUAUUAUUUUUUAGAAAUUAUUAUUUAAACUAUUAAUAUUUAUUUACCUUGGAGACUUAUGCAAGUCUAGAUUUGAUUGUUCUUAUAUGAUUACUUUUUUUGUUUAUCACAGAUAAUCUUUUCCACAUAUUGCCAAAUGAUUUGAAAAUUGUAAGUGCAAAGAAUGACACUAUUUCAAGCAUUUUGUGUACCAGUACAAUAGGCAAUGAAAGUGAGCAUGAACCCAAACAAGAUCAUAUCUUUGAAUGAAGAUGUUAUAUAUUUUCUGUUAUUUGGUUUAAAGAUCUGUCGACUGUCAAAAUGAGAAAUGCAAAGAAAAACGUUCUGGAUUAGAUUUGACGUUUUGAUCACCAAUUCUGUUAGCCUCAUUUAGGACGAAAACAAAAUGUGAGUUGUUUUCCAGCCAAGCCACACACAUGCUGUGUGAGCCCCUAAACGUUCGCUCAGAGUGAAAAUUAAGGCAUUAUGAUUACUACUCCUACAUUCACCUGUCCUGUAGGCUAUGAUUUUAGCCAUUAGUACAAAGCCAGAGCCCAGUGAAGCUUUGUGCCCGUCUUGUCAGAUUAUCCAAUAAUAGCCUAUGUGAUAACACAUAAGUCCACACGGUGUUUAGAGCCAUGUUAGGUGUUGAAGAUUAAACAUCCAUUCAGAGCGAUGACGAGGCUCGUAGAUUCAAAUCUUUUGUUACAGACUUGUAUUUCUAGCCAUGUGUGAUUAGGUUCUCACACAACACUUAUCCCUUUGUUGACAGUUUCCACACAAGUUACAUAGGAAAUUAAGAUUUUUUUUCUCAUUCUACAUGUUUGUUGACAAAUUAAUAAUUUAACUUCAAAGGUUUAGUUUUAUGCUUGUUUUACUUUGACCACUGACUAGGGGUUUUAGGAAAGAAACUUCGCAAACCAACAAAUAAUUCAGGUUUUUCCUGACUACGAUUGGCUGUAUUCAAAAUUCUCCUGAUUAAAUGCUAACAGACGUUAUAUCCUUCAUUGAUACCAAUCAUAUAUGUCGAUGAAACUGUUAUUUCAUUUGAUUUACAUUUUUUAUGUCCCCGCCAUAUAUGGCUGGGGGCAUAUAGGGUUACCCUCCGUGUC